GAAGAGAUGGCGGUGGCCUAACCUACAUCUAUCCGCCGGCUCCGCCGAUCCAGCCCAUGGGCUCCCCGACGCCCGCCCUGCCAACGGAAACGCGGCGGCCGCGAUGGCGGCGGACGUCGAGGGGGACGUGUACGUGCUGGUGGAGCAUCCCUUCGAGUACACGGGCAAGGACGGGCGCCGCGUCGCCAUCCAGCCCAAUGAGCGCUACCGGCUGCUCCGCCGCAGCACGGAGCACUGGUGGCACGUCCGGCGCGAGCCCGGCGGCCGCCCCUUCUACCUUCCCGCACAGUACGUGCGCGAACUGCCGGCGAUCGGAGACCCUGCGGCCGCCCCGCCGCCCGCGCCACACUCGGGCCCCGCAGCCCCCGAGCCGCUCGCCUACGACUACCGUUUCGUUAGCGCGUCGACGCCCGCGGGCCCCGACAGCGCGCCCGCUGAGCCCCGGGGACGCGUGAGCUCCCUGUGCGGCCCUGAGCGGCGCGGCGCAGCGACCCAGCGCAGCAGCCUGGCGACCGGCCUGCCCGCCUGCCUGUACACGCGGCCCGCGGCGCCCGUGCGGCCCGCGCAGUCCCUGGACGACCUGGCGCGCGCCGCCGCCGCGCCCCCUGCCGGCCUCCUCGGGAGCGCGGGCAGCUUCAAGGCCUGCAGCGUGGCGGGCUCCUGGGUGUGCCCGCGGCCCCUCGCGCGCAGCGACUCCGAGAACGUCUACGAGGCCAUCCAGGACGUGCGCGGCCCGCCGCGGGAGGAGCGUCCGGAGCAGGUGGACGAGCCCCCGGAGCCCGUGUACGCCAACGUAGAGAGACAGCCUUCGGUCACUUCACCGGGCCCGGCCGCGGCCCCCGGCCCUGGCCCGGCGUGGGAGACGCACACGGACGCGGACACCGGGCGCCCCUACUACUACAACCCAGAUACGGGCGUCACCACCUGGGAGUCGCCCUUCGAGGCUGCCGAGGGUGCCGCCAGCCCGGCCACCUCCCCGGCCUCGGUGAGCAGCCGCGAGAGCCUCGAGACCGAGUGGGGCCAGUACUGGGAUGAGGAGAGCCGCAGAGUGUUCUUCUACAACCCGCUGACGGGAGAGACGGCCUGGGAGGACGAGCCCGAGGACGAGGACGAGCCCGAGGACGAGCUGGAGAUGCAGCCGGGCCUGAGCCCCGCCAGCCCCAGGGACCAGAGGCCUCCCACUCCCGAGACUGACUACCCGGAGUCGCUGACUAGUUACCCCGAGGAGGACUAUUCCCCCGUGGGCUCCUUCAGUGAGCCCGCGCCCACCUCUCCCUUGGCCACGCCCCCCGGCUGGUCUUGCCACGUGGGCCUGGACGGGCAGACGCUCUACACCAACAACUUCACUCAAGAGCAGUGGGUGAGAUUGGAGGACCAACACGGGAAGCCCUACUUCUACAACCCAGAGGAUGCCUCCGUUCAGUGGGAGCUGCCCCAGGUCCCUGUCCCUGCCCCUCGAACCAUCCGCAAAUCCAGCCAAGACAGUGAGACCCCAGCUCAGGCCAGCCCUCCUGAGGAGAAGAUCAAAACCUUGGACAAGGCAGGCGUGCUCCAUCGCACCAAGAUGGUGGACAAGGGAAAGCGGCUCCGGAAGAAGCACUGGAGUGCCUCCUGGACGGUGCUGGAGGGCGGCGUCCUGACUUUCUUCAAGGACUCAAAGACCUCAGCUGCAGGCGGCCUGAGGCAGCCUUCCAAGCUCUCCACCCCUGAGUACACCGUGGAGCUGAAGGGAGCCUCUCUCGCCUGGGCCGCCAAAGACAAAUCCAGCAAGAAGAAUGUGCUGGAGCUGCGGAGCCGAGAUGGCUCAGAGUACCUGAUCCAGCAUGACUCCGAGGCCAUCAUCAGCGCCUGGCACAAGGCCAUCGCCCAGGGCAUCCAGGAGCUGUCCGCAGACCUGCCCCCGGAGGAGGAAAGCGAGAGCAGCAGCGUGGACUUCGGGUCCAGCGAGCGCCUGGGAAGCUGGCGGGAGGAUGAGGCACGGCCCGGUUCAGCCGCGCCCCACGCGGGCCUGGAGAGCGACCUGAGCAAGGUCCGGUACAAGCUCCGCAAGUUCCUCCUGAGGCGGCCCACGCUGCAGUCGCUGCGGGAGAAGGGCUACAUCAAAGACCAGGUGUUCGGCUGCGCGCUGGCCGCGCUGUGUGAGCGCGAGCGGAGCCAGGUGCCGCGCUUCGUGCAGCAGUGCAUCUUCGCCGUCGAGGCCCGGGGGCUGGACAUCGACGGGCUGUACCGCAUCAGUGGGAACCUGGCCACCAUCCAGAAGCUGCGCCAUAGGGUGGACCACGAUGAGCGUCUGGACCUGAACGACGGCCGCUGGGAGGAUGUCCACGUUAUCACCGGCGCCCUGAAGCUCUUCUUUCGAGAGCUGCCCGAGCCCCUUUUCCCCUUCUCGCACUUCCGCCAGUUCAUCGCGGCCAUCAAGCUGCAGGACCAGGCCCAGCGCAGCCGCUGCGUGCGGGACUUGGUGCGCUCGCUGCCCGCGCCCAAUCACGACACGCUGCGGGUGCUCUUCCGGCACCUGUGCCGGGUGAUCGAGCACGGCGAACAGAACCGCAUGUCGGUGCAGAGCGUGGCCAUCGUGUUCGGGCCCACGCUGCUGCGGCCGGAGACGGAGGAAACCAGCAUGCCCAUGACCAUGGUGUUCCAGAACCAGGUGGUGGAGCUCAUCCUGCAGCAGUGCUCAGACAUCUUCCCGCCGCACUGACCGCGGCCCUACCCCGCCCACGCUGCUGGCGCUGCGGCCCCGGGGCUGGGAGCGGCGGUGGUCCUGCCACAGAAGCUGGGCGGCUGGAGGCCGCGCGGCUGGACUCUUAUCUCCGAGACCCUUCGCCUGCUACGUCCGCAGGCGGGUGUGAAUUCUGCGCCCCUCGGUGCAGUAUGGUGACCCCUGAUGGGCAGUUCGCAAAAUGUGAUUUUUCUCCCUGGCCUGGUCUGUUUAGGGGUUGAUUGGGUUCUGUUCUUUAUUACAGCGCCACCUUCUGUGCGUGUGUGAGAACGUGGGAGGGUGAGAGUUGUCUUCUGGGACCGCCAGGCCGUGAGGAGGAUUUGGGGUGAGGGGCUUCGGGGCUUCUUCCGGCCUGCGCCUGGCUGAGGCCUUCACGGAGCCCCUUAGGGCCGCAGCCCUGUGCGUGGCACUGUUCAAGUCAUGAAGCAGCAACCCACAGCUUCCCUGCUGCCGAAACAGGACUGACCCCGGCCUGGGCAGCUGAACCUGCCGGGCCCUCUCACUGGCUGGCUGUGGACCAUUUUCAUCUGCCUUGCUGUCUGGGGUUCUGGGCCUCUGCUCUCCCUGAUCCACUUGUGUUCUGUGCAAGGGUUCUUCCUCUUCAAUAAUGUGUACCCUGCACCUGCCACUUGACAUGCACCAUUUCCACAUGCAGUCCCAUUUUACAGAUGAGGAAACUAAGGCUUUCAGGGGCAGAGUGACUUGUUCAGGGUCCAGUGGGUGAUUCUGACUCCCUAGCUCAGGCCCCUCUCACACCGGAGCACAGCCUACUGUGAGGGUGAAAUGGAUCCUGUUAGCUACCCCCAGACCCAGCGUGGGCUUAUGGGUACAGCAAAAGAAACUAAGCUGGGGGCUCUGUCUGGGCCUGAGGAGGUUCCUGAAAGCAAAGAGGAAACCUAUCACAACUGUUCUUUGGCGGGGGGCCCAGAGCACUGGCAGGAGCCCCCCAGCCCCUCUCAGUGCCCUGGCUGUCAAGUAUGCCCACCUGGUGCCCACCGUGCCAUGAAGAGCUGGGAGAGGCCUAGAGGGUGGGGAGAAGGAGGGCACAACCUCAGGAAAAGAAGUAUGAACCCUGGGGUCGGCAGCCCCCCUUCCCUGGUACACAAACCACCUCAGUUUAUGGGUCUCAGCCCCCUGGCCCACCCACCCAUCGUUUAUUCCACAAGCAAUAAUAGCUAAUAUUUAUUGGACAUUUGCACCACGCCAAGGCAUCUUACUUGGGCUAUCUCGUGUGUUUCUCACAGCCAAUAUUUAUUAUCUGCUCUUCUGUGCCAGGCACUGCGCCCUGGGGCAGGGCUACUGCGCACUGCCCCCCUCGGGGAGCUUACGGUCCGGUGGGUGAGGCUGACCCAGGCACCCCUAGUGCCAGUGGGGCUGGAAAGAGUACAAAUGGAGGCCUCACACCAUGUGUCGAAAUAUCGUAAAGUUAUAAAUCAAACUAACAAUGUUCAAUAAAAUACGUUCUAUUCUCCUAUUUCAGUAAAUAUACCUUCAUGCUGACCUGGAGGGCCAGGUUCUGAUGUAAA